GAUAGAUCCAAACUUUUGGAUCCUAAUGAGCAUUUUGAAGACAAUGAUAUAGAAGAAGAUUUAAAAGAUUUUACUGUUGUUACCAAAACAAUACCCUUGCAGUUGCAAGUAGUAUCAAUCUAUUUUGCAAUGUCAAACAUGACUGUCGCAGCUCUUCAUGUGACCAUUCCUGAUCUUAAGAUCAAAACAUUCUGUAAUUUCUCUCAAUACAAGGCUGAUAUGCAAUUCAACGAAAGGACCAUCUAUGUUACUGACAUUCUACUUCAAAUGAAACUUGCAACUAUUAAAAAUGUUUUUGCCAAAUAUAGGUCUGAUACUGAUUUUAGGAUGACA